ACAAACCUUUAACAGUACGUAAAGAUGAAUGCAUUCUCCGCAUUCGUUCAGUGACUGUGGAAAGCUGUUUCGUUUGGUUUCUUCGUAUGAUUGUAGUUAGGGUCCGUGUCCUCCCGCAGGCUGUACCGCGGAGUGUUACUCCAGUGGAACCGACAAUGUGGAGGCUGUUAAAAUGUCUACUAGGAAAAUGAAAUGGUACUAUUUUAGCAGUCGUACGAAAACAGAGUAAAAUCGGCGUUAUGGUUCGUGUAAAAGAUAUAUUUUCAGUUUGGUGACGAAGAUAAAGAGGAGCCCAGACAGCGAAGCGAUUUGGUGUUUCCUCACCUUCACCAAGCCCACAGUGUCCGGACUGCGGGGAAGGAUCCAAUCCCCAACUUUGUUUUUCUCUCUUUUCUGUUGGAUGCCACGUUGUUGAGUCCAGUAGUUACUUGCUGAGACCGAAAGGGCCGCGUGAACAGCAGCAGAAAAUGACUGCAGUGGGAACAGACAAGGAGCUCAGUGACUUGCUGGAUUUUAGCGCGAUGUUUGAGCUCCCGAUUUCUAAUGGGAAGAACCGCCCAACAACUCUUGCCAGCAGUCAGUUUGGAGGUUCAGGUAUUGAGGAGAAAAGUGGGUCCAGUCCCUGGGGUCCAGGAGAACAAAGCAGUCCAGCUUUUAGCCAGGGAAGGGGUUAUGGUGAAGAUGGCCUUUACAGUGAGCAGGAGGGCAUUGUCUCCACUGCUGUGUUUGGAUCAGGGAUUAUUGGUAAGACAGAACGAGGGCAGUACUCUUCAUUUGGAACCCAGCCAGGCUUUAUGCAGAAUGAGAUACCUAUGCCCAGCCCUGAUGCCCUCUUUCCACCUGGCCUGAAAUCCAAUUCACAGUUUUAUUCCUCCUAUGAUGGCUCCAGUUCUCGAAAGAGACCCUCACAGAACACCAUUGAACCCCAGCCUAAAAGGAUCAGGAAAGUGCCCCCUGGCCUGCCCUCGUCAGUGUACGCAUCUGCCUCAGGAGAGGAUGCUAACAGAGAUAAUGUUGGGUUCCCAGGAUCCAAGACAGGGAAUGUCUAUGCGUCCCCCUUCUAUAUCCAAGAAGGCCCCCACCCAAACUCUGAUCUCUGGGGCUCUGCUGGGUCAAGUGUUCAACCUGGUUAUUCUGCUGUAAUGGGCAACUCCCCCCAUCUGAAUCAACAUGGUCCCUUCACUGCCAUCAACCCCCAAGACAGACUGAAACGUCAUCCACUUCCUGUGUCCCCCCAAAACUUCCCCUUGCAUGGCAGUGAGGUGAAUGGGACUCAUCCUGCUUCUUUCCAUUCUGGAUCCAGCAGCUUUGUAGUGCCCAACCAUACAUCCCCUAUUGCUGGCACUGACACUGUUAUGGUUAAUCGAGCACCACGUGGGAGCUCAGGUGAUGAGAUUGGAAAAGCCUUGGCAUCUAUUUAUCCUUCAGAUCCAAACAGCAGUGCCUUCCCGUCAUCGCCGUCUACGCCCUCUGGUUCUCCACAAGCUUUAUCAGGCUCAGCAUCUCAGUGGACCAGGUCCUCUGGUCAGGCCACACCUUCACCGAAUUUUGAGGGUGGAAUUACAACCAUGCCAACUAAAAUAGAGGAUCGUCUGGAUGAAGCCCUCAAUGUUCUCCAGCGUCAUGCUAAUGGACAGGGUGGGCCAGGGCUGUCUGAAUUACAUAGCCUGCUCUCAUCUGGCCUGGGACUACCACAGGUUUUCAGCAGUUCAGCACUGGGACUGGCCAGUCGUCUGCCUGGACUGGUUUCCAGUCAGCGUGAAGAUUCUGUUAGUUUGCCCUCUAGUGGAGGACUUUUGCAUGUUCACCACAGCCCCACAUCUGUCCAGUCAGGCUCUCAACAUGAAAGUUUUACUGGGUUUCCUGGUAGCAUAACCUGUGCUACUAGUGCUGAUAUAAAAAAAGAGGACAACGAAGAUGAUGAAAACUGCUCCAUUGCUGACAAGUCAGACGAUGACAAAAAAGACAUAAAGGCCCGCAUUCAAACAAGUCUGGAUGAUAAGGUUGAAGAUGAAGAUCUGCCAGUGGAGAUAAAGGCUGAGCGGGAGAAAAUACGGAGGUUGGCAAACAACGCACAUGAACGGCUACGUGUGCGGGACAUCAACGAGGCGUUUAAGGAGCUUGGCCGCAUGUGUCAGCUCCAUCUGAGCUAUGAGAAACCACAGACCAAAUUGAUCAUACUGCAACAGGCUGUUAACGUUAUUGUCAACCUGGAGCAGCAAGUUCGAGAGCGAAAUUUGAACCCAAAGACUGCCUGUCUCAAGAGAAGAGAGGAGGAGAAAAUGCCAGGAGUGGACUCCCAGAUGCAGCUCAGUGGAGGUCACCCCGGUCUGGGAGGCGACGGACACAACCCUGUCAGCCAUAUGUAAUUCUCAGCCCUUAGAACACGUGGCCUUAAUCUCUCAUCAAGCAUCUAUCUCGGUGUAUCAAUCGACAUUGGGAAAGUGUGACACACACACACACACCUCAUUACUGACAAAGUAGGUGGCCACAUUCCUGACUAUAAAUAUGAGAAAAUGAACACACUCGUGCAGUGAGACGUUUAUUCAUCUUUCUGAGGAUGAACUUUGGACACUGGUGUGGACACAAUGAAACUUCAACACAAGGACAUUCUGGAGAAACUGGUUUUGUAGGAGUUUUGUUUUUUUUAAAGUUGCUUUGCAUUUUGGGAGCAAACGGUAUUUGGAUCAAAUGAUUCUUUUGGAUCAAUUGCUGGUGGG